AACACAUGGCAAGCGUCAUUUGGUCCGCGCCGAGCCGCUAAACGGGCGGCGCCACUAGGGUGCUGUUAUAACUUAAGAAAUUUUGCCCUACGUAAUAAUAACUUUUGACCACCUCUUUGGCCAUGUCUUCCUCCAAUACUUCUCCUCCAGAACCCAUCGAGGUGAAGGUUAUGCCUCUGGACACUGAGGAGUACAAGGUUCUAAAGAUAGACGCAGAAGAGGUGAUGACAUAUCCCCUGUGUGAAGACAGUGACACAAGCCCUUUCGAAUUAUUUAAGCAAAGAAUGGCCUAUGAAAUCAACUCAUUGCAAAAGGCUAAGAAUUCACAGAUAAUCAGUGAGGCAAAAGCUUGUGGCAUAAUGCAGUAUCUUCAGUGGAGGAAAAACCCAUCUGAUUAUCCUAACAUGAAGCUGUCAGAUUUCAGUCGCCACACAAUACGGGAAUAUGCGUCUGCUAAAAGGAUGGUGCUGAUUGAUGUGCCAGAUUUAGGUUUCUACAAUGUGCUUGCCGUGCCAAAAAAGACAGAUUUGGAUGCAUGUGUGGCAUUUUCUGACUACAGACGUGUCAUCCAUGCAGGCCAGUUGUUUGAUGUGGUGCACUACCUCCACACAGAUUCCAACAAAAACACUCACUGUGGGUACAGGCCAGUGUAUGAAAGGUCAAAACAUGAAUACUUUGGCAUCCCACGUAGCUAUGUUCGCCUUCACUGCAAGUACUGCCCAGGGUGUGUAGUGGAGCUGACAACCAUAAAGCCUCAGCAGCCUUGCAAGCAGCCUGUUUCCUGGAGCCUGGAGAAGAGAAUAUUCCUGGUGAAAGAAUUCUAUCAAAGUAAAAACUCCAUCGACUGUGUGCUGAAAAAGUAUCAGGAGGAGUUUGGCAGAUGUGACCUUCCUCAACCACAGACAAUACAGCGCUUAGUGCAGCUGUUUGAGGAGACUGGAAGUGUGCUGGCACCUGAGGGCUGGUUGACUACCCUGCACCAGUCUCACCUUAAUGAUGAGAAGCCAUCAUCAGGAAGUGCUUGCUGGUGGACUGUGGAGGAUGGACCUACAGUUCCUCCUGACCCAGGCGACCCAGGAGAUACCGACUGACAUUGUGAAAAAUAACAUCUAUAUCUAUAUCUAUCUGUAUAUAUA